AUGACUUUCGCGUCGGGUUCGGUUCCGGCCGCGGGCUUCACUCUCACUCCGCCGUCGUCGAACCCGGCUCUAAACCUCGCCGGAGAUGGCUCCAACCCAUCUCCGUCGUGGCAGUACACGUUCCCUCGAGCGCCGACGCCGCAGCAGCAGACGCGUCCGUACAUGUUCUCGCUGAACAACGUGAAUCACGACGUCAUGGGCACCGUAGGAGGUGUGAACGCGGCCGUUUCCGGCGGGUUUCCGGAGGUGGAGGAGGACGGAGGAGGAGGUUGGAAUCCUCCGCCGCCGCAGCAGGGUCUUGGGUCGAGGAAUGGGAAAGGCUCUUCCGGUUUGCAAUGA